AUCUUCGAGUGCCCCUUCUAUUGGACAAAUAAUAUAUUUACUUUAUUUUUUUUUUAUAUUAAUUUAUAUGAAUUUUAUCAGUAAUAUAUUUAAAAAUAAUCGAUUAUUAUCAUGAAGUGACUUGAGUUAAUGCCAAUAUUAUUGGCCAAAUAUAUAAUAUUGUUAGUAUAGAUUAAUACCUGUCUAAUUUUGACAGCUAUCGUGUUUAAGUAUUCAAUAACGCAUGUCAAUAUUUAACUUAUAAAUAAUAAGUAAUCAUGAAUCCUAUGGAAUUAAUUAAAAUUGGAAAGGUUGAGAAUGUCAGAAUGUUGGAUAGAUACAGCAACAAACAUUCGGUAGGAACUUUGUAUCUGACAGCAACACAUUUAAUAUUCACUUACCCGAAUGAAAAAAAACAAAUUUGGGUUCUAAAUACACAUAUUGCUAGUAUUGAAAAACAACCGCUGACUACUGCUGGAUCUCCAUUACAUAUUAAAUGUAAACAUUUUUUAACGAUGACAUUCAUCAUCACUAAAGAGCGGGACUGCCAUGAUAUUUAUUUAACAUUAAUGAGAUUAUCAUCUCCAGCUCGUAUAGAUGACGUUUAUUGUUUUCACUCGCGAAUAAGCAAAAACUUGACCCCGAAAUUUGAUGGCUGGAGUUUAUUUGACAUACAGAAUGAAUUCCAACGUCAAGGAGUACCUAAUUCUGAAUGGACACUGACUUAUUUGAAUACUAGCUAUGAACUUUGUGAUACUUAUCCUAGAUACCUUUAUGUUCCCUCAACUUGUACAAAUAAUAUUCUUGUUGGAAGUGCUAAGUUUAGAAGCAAAGGACGGCUGCCUGUACUCACUUAUCUUCAUUCUAAUAAGGCUGCCAUUUGUCGAUGCAGUCAACCGUUAUCGGGAUUUAACGCACGUUGUCUUGAAGAUGAACAAAUGCUGUAUCAUAUUCUUUGUACGAAUCCUAAUGCUAAAUUUAUGUAUGUCGUUGACACACGACCCAGAAUCAAUGCAAUGGCAAACAGAGCAGCAGGAAAAGGAUACGAGAAUGAAAACUUUUAUGACAACAUUAAAUUUAGAUUCUUUGGGAUUGAAAAUAUUCAUGUUAUGAGAGCGAGCUUAAACAAACUUAUUGAUCUGCAGAAAACGACAUCGAUGAGUGCAUUCUUGAAUGGAUUAGAAAGUAGCGGCUGGCUCAAACACAUUAGAUCAAUUUUGGAGACCGGAUGGUUUAUAGCCAAAGCCAUAAUAAAUGGCACGAAUGUCGUGGUGCAUUGUAGCGAUGGUUGGGAUCGUACUGCUCAAGUUUGUUCAGUAGCUGCAUUGCUUUUGGAUCCAUUUUACAGAACAAUCCAAGGAUUCCAAGCUUUAAUUGAAAAAGACUGGCUUGCAUUCGGACAUAAAUUCAGUGAUCGAUGUGGCCACAUCACAAGCGAUCCCAAAGAAUUAGCUCCGAUAUUUACGCAGUUUAUUGACGUGACGUACCAACUACUCCGACAAUAUCCUUAUAUGUUUCAAUUUAAUGAACACUUUCUACUUAUUCUUCAUGAUCAUGUACACAGCUGUCAACAUGGAACAUUUAUUGGAAAUAAUGAAAAAGAGAGACAGUUGUUGCGAUUAUCUGAAAGAACAAAAUCAUUAUGGGAAGAUAUAGCGGCUGAAAUAAACGAGUACAUAAAUCCACUGUAUGCGAGCAAUAAUUAUAAAGAUGAAUGCAAUAAAGUAUUAGAACCAAAGUUAUCACCUCAAAAUAUUGAAUUAUGGAAAGGUCUUUAUUUUCGUUUCGAAAAUGGGAUUCAUCCGAGAGAAACUGGAGAAGAUUAUGUACUUGCUCUCCAUAAUCACACGGCGUCGUUGGAGGAUCAUAUUAAACUACUUAUUAAACGAGUCAAUAAUUUAAGUCAAUUGCCCAAGGGUAAUACACAAAAUAAUAGCAAUCAACCGGACUACAAUUACGACAAUGAAUUUAGCAAAGACGUUGAUUCUGAAAAAAUAAUUGACAAGUCGGAAGACAAUGAAGACGAUACAGCAAAUACCGAAGCUUUGAUAAAUCAGAUAGAAGAUGAACUUAAAAGUGUUGCUUUAGAUUGGAAAACUAGCAGCAAAGUUGAAGAAUGUUCUUGCUGUUCGACCUUCGACGCUUUUAAUAAAAAGAACCACUGCUGGUCUUGUGGAAACGUUUUCUGUAUACGAUGUAUAGAAGAGGAACCUAGAUCAUUGUCUGGACAUUUAUCUCAACGUGUAGUACCCAGAUGUAAAUCUUGCUCACGGAAAUCUCCAACAACACCAUCCUGAAAGCUAACAGCAGCCAUCUGCAUAAAAUAUUAGCAAACUUAAGAGUCAUACAUUUUUUUGUUAAUUACUGUGUACUAUAUUUAGUAUACAGGUACGUUUUUUAUAAAUUUAACCGAAAUCAUGUCAAAACGAUAGAAUAAUAUUUAAAAAAAAAAAUUAAGUUACCCAAAGAUCGAGUGAAGUAUUUUAACAAAAAAGAGAAUGUUUUAAAAUAAUAUGCACAGUUAAAUAAAAUUUUAUUUCACACAUUCAAAUCUAUUUAAAUUCGUACCUAUCAUUGAAAUUUUUAUAAUAUUCUUAACUUAUUUAAAUUUAAUUAGUAAUUUUAACAAUAUGCUAUUGCAUUAUUUUGAUCCCAGCUUGUGUAAAAAUGAAUAUAAAAAAUAAUUACAACACAAGUUAAUUAAAAUUUAAUAAUAAAACUGACAAAUUACAUGAAAAAAGAGUUGCAAUAUUAAUAUUUAUCAUAAUCAAUUAUAAAUUAUAACAAUUAAAUAAAAUAAUAUAUAAUAUUGUAAUUGAUAUACAAACUAUGAGUGAACAAAUAAAUGAAAACAUAUUUUAUUAUUAUAUUUAAAUAUUAUCGUAUGUAUAAGGCAAAUAUUAGCUUCUUCAUUGGACGUGAAAACGAUGAGUGAAAAAAAAAUAA